AUGUAUUUAACUUCACUUUUCGAGGAUCGAAAUGAAACUCUCGAUGUUGAACAACCGGAGAACUUUGAAGGAUGGCUUCUUGUUAGUGACUCUCACCCAUCUCAAAUGCCAAGACCGGCUGGUCAAAAUGGAGACUACGAGCGAUGGAAUCGAGGGUAUUGUGUGGGAAGAGGAGAUGAUUAUUCACUCAUUUGUUAUAAAAAUGAGCAGCAAGCUCACACCCUCGCCAGAGACGUUCCAAAAACGAGACUCGACGGUGGAGCGAGCAAGUUCAUGAAGCACUGGAGAUCACAGGAGCGACAAGGACCCCUAGAGAACACUGGUACAAUGAGCCGUGCUCAGAGAAUGUUCAACACGUUGAGCAGAAUGACAUCGCUCAAGGACGAUGAUCGUCUCGUCACCGAUUGUGUUCCAGAGUUGUCUCGGAAGUUCUCGAUCUCCACGCUGCGACUCUCGAGGAAGAAAAGU